CAUAUCAUAAGCAUGCAACUAAAGGAACCAUGUCCGAAGGUCCGACUAGAAUUUCCUCCUCUCUCUCUUACGAGAUUAAACAGCUAUAACAAUCGUGCAAGACUAACUUGUCAAAGCAGCACCAAAAAGCUUUCUGCCCCUGUUUCUCAACGUCCUACCGUCCAGCAGCCAUUGUUCACUGCCUAGAAUUCCGUAUUGUGUCCAUGAAGACCGAAAACCGAAAUGAAAACUCGUUGCUUGCUCCAGUCACGUUUCUUCCUUUCUUCUUCAUAGCCUGUUGCACACUCCCCUCCUCUGCUGACAAGCCGCCAUAUUACUUUCCCACUGAAUACAGUACUGCAUAUGAUUGUUCUCCGUCAGAUUCAUCACACGAUGCAGGAUUCCCUUAUAGCAAAAGAUAUGAAAUUGAUUUUUCAUCUGUUUCCAGAGUAUAUGCCAUAGAUCCUAGCAACCGUGAAAAACCGAGAAUUUCUGCUUGCUUCUUCAGUAAGCAGAUCACCUUGCCAUUCAGUGUCUCUGAUGGCCCCAAGUUCCUUCGACUUUACUUCAAACCAGUCUCAUAUUCAGGGUUAGACGUAUCUAAGGCCUUGUUCUCCAUCAGCGUUGGUCCGUAUACACUAAUAACUACUUCAGAGUCAUCCUAUUCUAAAUAUUUCCCAAAUAGUGAUUAUGCUAUCAGGGAAUUCUGUGUCAACACGGAUGGCCAGAUAUUAAAUGUAACUUUCACACCCUCGCCAAAGGUUUUGGGUGCCUACGCUUUUGUCAACAAGAUUGAGAUAGUCUCAAUGCCAUCAAAGCUUUACAUACAAGAAGAUGCUCCGUUGUCACUUGUAGGAAAGCCUUCUCAUUAUUCCAUGGGGAAUUCUACAGCCCUCGAGAUGAUGCACCGGAUGAACAUAGGAGGAGAUGUGAUCUCUGAUCUAGAAGAUACUGGCAUGUUUCGUCGCUGGACCAGGGAUGAUGAUUAUUUCAUGAGUGAUGAUGGAAACACAAGUAUUGUUGAAUCAGAAGUUGAAGUCAAGUCGAGCUUACUGGUGCCUGCAUAUGCUGCUCCACUCCAAGUUUAUACCUCUGCCAGGACAAUUCUACAUACAACAGAAAGCAAAUACCGAGCUACAUGGCGGUUCCCAGUUGAUUAUGGUUUCUAUUACCUUGUUAGGCUCCAUUUCUGUGAGAUUUCUAGAAUAAUUAAUCGAGAUGGACAAAGAGUUUUCAGCAUUUAUAUCAACAAUCAAACUGCUGAGGAUCAUGCAGAUGUUUUCAAUUGGAGCCAUGGGGCUGGAAUUCCCAUUUACAGAGACUACGUUGUGAACGUUGUGAACUUUUCGAGCUACGGAGAAGGCGUAAAGGAUCUAUCAAUUGCAUUGGGAAGUACUGAUGGAUCAUCUGCAAAAUAUGGUAGUCCAAUUCUGAAUGGGCUAGAAAUUUUCAAGUUGUCUGACUUUUCUAACAAUCUUGCAGGUCCUCAUCCAUUUGGGGUCAUGGCUGCACCUCAUCCGCAUUUUUCUGCACGAGAUGAUGCAGAAAGCUAUGAUGUGGUGAUAGUUGCACGGGUAGCCGGCAGUCUUCUGGUUGCUUGUGGUGCAAUAGGAUUUCUAAGCCACUGUUGUUUAUUUUCUUCUCGUUCAAAUCGGCAGAAAAAAUCCUCUAAGCAAGAUCAAUCAUUAGGCUAUUGCCGAAUUUUUACAAUUGCUGAGACAAAGUCAGCAACCAAUAAUUUUGCAGAUGGCUUACUCAUUGGCACCGGUGGAUUUGGGACGGUCUACAAGGGAGCCAUUGAUGAUGGCAUCACAAACGUUGCUAUAAAGCGUGCCGAUCGAAGUUCACACCAAGGCUUAAAAGAGUUCCAAACUGAAAUCUCCAUGCUCUCAAAGCUCAGGCACGGCCACCUAGUAUCUUUGAUCGGAUACUGCACUGAGGAAAAGGAAAUGAUACUUGUUUACGAGUACAUGGCUCAAGGCACGCUACGUGAUCAUCUCUACAAGACACAGAAACCUCCACUUCCAUGGAAGCAGAGGCUUAAGAUUUGCAUUGGUGCUGCACGAGGGCUGCACUACCUUCACACAGGUGCAAAACAUACUAUCAUCCACCGUGACAUCAAGACUACCAACAUCUUGUUGGAUGAAAAAUGGGUGCCAAAAGUUUCAGAUUUCGGAUUAUCAAAACUUGGCCCAAACAACAUGACGGACUCUGAGUCACAUGUUUCAACCAUUGUUAAAGGUAGUUUUGGCUAUCUGGAUCCAGAGUAUUAUCGACGUCAAAAACUAACUGAAAAAUCUGAUGUGUACUCAUUCGGGGUGGUGAUGUUUGAGGUUCUAUGUGCUAGGCCUGCUGUGAUCCCCAUGGGAGAAAUUGGGGAAGAUGAGCCCGAGAAAGUGAGUUUAGCUGAGUGGGCAUUACAUUGCUGCCAAAUGGGGACCCUUGAUCAGAUAAUUGAUCCAUAUCUAAAAGGUGAGAUAGCUCCCGACUGCUUCAAGACAUUCGCAGGGAUAGCAAGGAAAUGUUUGGAAGAUAGGGGAAGUGAAAGGCCAACAAUGGGCGACGUAUUAUGGAACUUGGAGCUCGCAAUGCAGCAACAGGAAGGUGUUGGCCGGCAAGAGGCUAAUGGGACAAUGAAUGGUGAUUUGAACAUAAUGAUCGACAACCAACGCUGCAGUGGCUUCGAUAUUUCAGAUCCAAACCCAGGGGUGGAGUUUUCUGAUAUUAUGGUUCCGACCGGACGUUGACACUUCUAUGUUCAUUUUCAACUCCUAGACCACUAUAUGUAUAUGGUAGCAUUUUCUCUAUAUGUAGUUCCUGUACUAAAAGUCAUCAUCUUGUAUUAUUUAGGUUGGCAUAAACUAAAUCCCUUCGAGGAAUCAUGUUCUGUCAUUUGCAAAGAAGUCAUUUCUUUUUUA